AUGAAGGCAACGGAGGUGGUCGGCAGCAGGAAGGCCAGGGACGAUGAGGUCCACGCGCUGAUGUGCCGGUUGUGGCCGGACGACGAAGAGCGGCUGCAGGCUGCCGUGAGGCUCGCAGACCGGUUUCUGGCGAGCCUGCGCGCGUGCGUGGAGGCGACGACGACACAGGUGGUAUCGAGCGACGUCGUCCACGCGAAGACUGAGCAGAAGAAGCAGGACAAGGUUGUGGUGGAAGGAGGCGUCAAGGAGUACAGCGAUGGCGAGCUCACCGAACUGGCAAGUGAUGACAACUCGAGCGGUGACGAAGAGGUCAAUGAGGAAGCGGAGGAAGAAACCAGGGGAAAGAAACGUAGAAGACACAAUAACGACGAAAGGGGCGGUUCGACGAAGGUGGCUACGGGCGCUCGGCACCCCUUCAAACGGGAUAAGUGCUACUCCAAGGUGGAUGACUUCGACCUGGAGACGGCGACCAAGGUGGAGCUGAAAGUGCUGCACGACUCGAUGAACAAGAGUCACAACCACACCCAGCUGCUGCACCAGAGCCUGGAGGAGGGCCGCGAGUACUCGCUGGGCCUGCGCGCCCUGCCUCGCCGCAAGGACAAGGAUCGCAAGUCGCACCCGGCCACCGUGGCCCGUAUCAAGAAGAGGCUGUGGGAGGACCUGGGCCACUUCCCCCAGCUGGCCUGCUGCGUGGUGGGCCUGUUCCGCUUCUCCCACCAGGACUCGACCAAGCUGGUGCGCCAGGCCAUCGAUGCCGACCCCAAGGAGAAGGCCUUCUGGUCGCGUCCCCUCACCCCCGCCCAGCUCAGCCUGUUGGGCAAGAAGCCAACCACACAAUGA